ACCGUCCGGUCGGGCCGGGGCAGGGUGUCCAUUCUAUUCCAGCCGGGACGGCGAGUUCCCUGCUCCCAGCCUACCCCUGGGUCUUUCCCUGUUCCCAGCCGCCCCCCAGGCCGUUCCAGACAGCUGAUCGACACCCGUGGCGGUUCCCCUGCUGGCCGCCAUGCGUCCAGGGCCCAGAGUGACCGCUCUAAUUCCCUUCUGCUUGGCUCUGGGUCUGACAUCCGGGCAGCUGAAUGCCACCGGUCAGAGCCGGACCGGCAGAGUUCCCCGGGACAGCUCUGGAACCCUGCUCGCCUCUGUCAACUGCCAGCUCGGCUCCUGGUCUGGCUGGACCGACUGCUUCCCCUGUCAGAACCUCAAACACCGGUGGCGGAGCCUGCUGCAGCCGUCGAAGUUGGAGGGCAGCCCGUGCGUGGGGAGCCUGUGGGAGGAGGCCGCCUGCCGAACCUCCCAACCCUGCACCCCGCCCACCUCCUGCGCCCGAGACUUCCAGUGCAAGGAGACAGGUCGCUGUAUCAAACGGCAUCUUGUCUGCAACGGGGACCGAGACUGUCGGGACGGGUCGGACGAGGAGGACUGCGAGGAAGAGCCGGAGGUCCAGCUGGCCUGCGGGGACCUCCUGCCCAUCCCCGGCGCCGAGGCGGUCACUCUGGGGUUUAACGUCCUGACCCAGGAGUCGGCCCUCCCGGUGCUGGACCCCACCUUCUUCGGGGGCCGCUGCGAGUCCGUGUACAACGGUCAAUGGAGGGAGCUCCGCUACGACCCCGCCUGCGAGCGCCUGCACUACGGAGACGACGACAAAUACUUCCGGAAGCCCCACAACGUCCUCUUCUACCAUUUCACGGCCCAGGCGGACUCCGGGUUCAGCUGGGAGACUUACGAGGAUGUGAGCCACUUGAUUUCGGCCCUGGAGACGGACAAGUCGAGGAACUUGGGGGUGACGGUGGGGGUGGGCCUCGUCAAGAACCCCGUCACCGUGGAAGUCGGGCUGGGCCUGAGUGACGGGGUGAAUCUCCUGAAGAAACUCGCCAAAUACAGCGAGCAGGAAGUGGAGUUCAUCAGGGUGGUGACGACGGUGCAGACGGCCCGCUUCCGGAUGCGGCGGGAUGACCUGGUGCUGGACGAGGACCUGCUGCAGGCCCUGGAGGAGCUGCCCGACCACUAUGACUCCGGCCUCUACUCCCGGCUGCUCCACCGCUUUGGCACCCACUACGUCACCUCCGGCACGGUGGGCGGCGUCUUUGAGUUCAUCUUGGUCCUCAACAAAGACAAGAUGGAAAAGAUAGGGAUCACCAGAGAGACCGUCUCCUCCUGCUUCGGCGGGUCUCUCGGCCUCACCUACAGCAACAAAGUCGAUCUGAACGGAAAGCUGAAGGGGAAUCUUUGCCAAAAAGACGGCGAGAAGAGCAAGGAGAAUGUCCUGAAGGAGUUGGGUGUCGAAGACGUGAUCUCCCGGGUGCGAGGCGGGAACCUGGGCCCGGCCUCGGGCCUCCUGGACCUGCAGAGCCAACACCUGUAUCGUGCCUGGGGUCGUUCGCUCAAGUACAAUCCCGCCCUCGUCGACUUUGAGCUGCGGCCGCUGGGCGAGGUCGUGCGGCGGGCAUCUCUGGGCUUCCCCGAGCCCCGGCGGCGGCGGCUGGGGCGUCACCUGGACCGGGCCCUGGAGGCCUUCCUGGCCGACUUCAACGCCUGCCGCUGCGGACCCUGCCUCAACGGUGGCCGCCCCCUCCUCCUCGGCACCCGCUGCGCCUGCCUCUGCCCCGCGGCCUUCCGGGGGCCCGCCUGCCAGGAGGCACCCCCCUCCGGCAGCCAAACCUCCGGGCACUGGAGCUGCUGGGCGCCCUGGUCGCCGUGCCAGGCCGGAAGCAGGACCCGCACCCGAGCCUGCGACAACCCGGCCCCGGACAGCGGGAGGACCGGCUGCCUCGGGCCCAGCCGGCAGAGCCGGCCCUGUUAGCGCUGCAGGCCGGGCGGUGGUCAGCGCGGCUCGGGCCCCGGGGCCGCGGCCGGCCUCCCCGGGAGAGUCGCG